AUGACCACUUCCGAAUGGGUCGACACAGAAUCGUUAGGCCUCGACAUGUUCCCUCUGAAACGUCAAGACGCCUUAGAUGAGAAAGAAAGGAACACCCUGCUCUCCCAGCGUCGUGUCGGAGAUACCAGUAGCUGGGUCAUCGCACUCAACACUUCUGGACUACAUUCCGUACUGCCAUAUCCCAAUUACCUGGUCGAGUCUGCUACGUUCAGGCUAACCAUGUACGGCGCGUUGGACCGCGGCUUGUUCAGCCACUACUACGUCGAUGUCUCUAUCGUCAGCGCGCCCUCACUAAAACACCAGUAUAUCCUUCCUCGUGGCAUCGCCUAUCAGCUCGAUAUCUUUUUCAGAAAUCUUACGAUAGUGUCUUUACAUCGCCUACCGACAGCUCAACAACCUCAGCGACUGGGCCAGAUAUUCGCCGGUCUGCAUCUGGGCCUCGAGUCACCACGAAUGGCGCUGAUUGAAGGGUUUGUACCGCCCGAAGGAUCGAAUUGGAAGUAUCAUGAUGAUGAAAUGGUCCGGUAUCUGAAGAAGGAGUACCCCGAGCUAGAGUAUGGGCUCCAAGCUACAGGCCUCUGA